AUGGCGUUGAACUUCAAUCCCCUGGACGACAGAGACAGUAUCCUGAUCUACUGUGCCCAAAGUGACGAAGGUCUCGGUGACUUUGUGGCGAUAGUCGUCAAGGAUCGACACAUCGAGUUCCGGUACGAUAUAGGUUCCGGUCUGGCGGUGAUCAGAUCCAAUCACGUCGUUAAGCCCGGUGUCUGGACUCACGUCUCAGUGAACAGGGACUUUAGAGGCGGCAACUUGACCGUGAACGAUGAGCCAAUAGUCGAAGGAAGGUCUCCAGGAUCAGCUCGUACAAUGACUCUCAACACACCACUGUACAUUGGCGGUGUGGAUCGUAGGAGGAUCACAUUGAACAGAAAUGUUGGUGUGAACCGUUCGUUUCGCGGUUGCGUCAGUGACCUCGGAGUAUCCACCACAAACGUGGACAUACUAAAGUCAGCCAUAGACACCGCAAACAUCGACGACUGCAACGUUCUGCAUCCUAAUCAGACCAAGCUAACCGUUUUAACCACCACCACAACGACCACAACGUCCACAACAACACCAUACGAUCCUUGCGCCUCGAAUCCCUGUAUCCAUGGUAUAUGUCAGAGUGCAGACUCCUACGACUACUCCUGUACCUGCAAGUACGGUUACGUGGGCAGGAAUUGCGAGAAUAUCCUGAAGCAGUGCGAGGUACUUGUACCUUGCAUGUACGGUGGAUCAUGCACCGAUCUUCAUGGGUCUUACAAGUGCGAUUGUCGACUGGGAUACAAUGGACGGGACUGUGAAAAAUCCGCGGAAAUAGCAUACGAUGUAGCGUUCAAGGGAGACGGAUGGCUGGAACUGAACAGAUCUGUGAUGACCCACGAUGAGGAGUGUGAGGUCCUGUGUUUCGAGAUAUCGACCAAUAAGUCCAAGGGUCUGAUCAUGUGGCACGGCCAGACACCGAACGAUCUGAACCCUGAUCAUUAUAUGGCCCUCGCAGUGGUCGACGGCUACGUGGAGUACCAGUACAAUUUGGGCAUGGGGCCAGUAGUGAUCCGUGUGACCGCUCAGAAGGUCGACGACGGCGAGAGGCACCGAAUUAUUCUGAAACGCCAGGGUAGCGACGGUAGCAUCGAACUGAACGGCGAGCACAUGGAGAGCGGCACUAGUUCCGGUAUACAACAGGACCUGAACACCAGAGGCAGCGUCUACAUAGGCGGGGUACCUGAUUAUGCUAUGACUUACGGAAAGUAUCAGGAAGGCUUCUCAGGAUGCAUAUACACUAUGGAGGUGCAAGACUCCCGGGCCAUUGAUAUCGGUGAAAAGGCCAUUCGUGGGAAAAACGUCUCGCCGUGUACCAGAGCAAGAUGGAUCCCGUCUUCCUUGGUGUCCACGGACCAGGACAUGGACAUUUUCGACGCGUUCGUUCCUCCUCCUCCUGUGAACAUUAUCCAUCCGAAGCCAGCGGCGAAUCUGGCCGCUUACAAUAUUAAACACUACUCACUGUUGAUCCUACUUCAAAACCUGCUUGCCUUCACCAUGGACGUUCGAGAGCAGAGCGUGCUUUUUACAAUAUUAUGCAUAGACACGAUUAAUGCAAUGAAGUGCGUGUUGAGUUAA